CGGCGCAUAGGGUUCACAACUUCAUUACCUAGGAAUUCAAUCGCUCUCUCAAUUCCUAAAACUUUUUCUCAUCGAAUUCGCUUUCACAAAGAGAAAAGAUCUCACCCAACAAGGAACAAACUAUGUCGACGAAGAAGAUGAUCAUGUUGAAGAGCUCCGACGGUCAGUCGUUCAAGGUGGAAGAAGAGAUCGCGAUCCAAUCGCAGACCAUAGCGCAUAUGGUUGAGGACGACUGCGCCAGUACCGAGAUCCCUCUUGCUAACGUGACGAGCAAGACUCUUUCCCUAGUGAUUGAGUACUGCAAGAAGCACCACGUCGAUGACGCUAAUCCAAUCUCCGAGGAGGAACUCAAGACCUGGGAUAAGCAGUUCAUGGAAACAGAUCAAUCCACGAUCUUUGAUCUCAUUCUUGUUGCGAACUACCUAAACAUCCCAAGCUUGCUUGACCUGACGUGCCAAACUGUUGCUGAUAUGAUCACGGGCAAAACUCCAGAACAGAUUCGUGCACACUUCAACAUUAAGAAUGAUUUUACACCUGAGGAAGAAGCAGAGGUUCGUAGGGAGAAUCAAUGGGCUUUUGAAUGAGUGGAUCAUGGAAUCAAACCAUUAAGCAGCUUUCUUUCUUUUCUUUAGUGUGUGGUUUUUGUGAGAACUGAAAACGAGCUUCUCCUUCCGAAGUGAUUUAAAUGUGGAGGAGCUUAUCGCCGUUAAGUAGUUCCGAACUGAAU